AUGAAUGAUAAGAAACGAGAGAAAUAUGUUGUUAUCCUUUGUCAUUUUGGUAUGGUCAACCUUUACAAAGGUAAGUGUGGAGUUGAAAACGAGUUUGAGCUUAGCAGACUUUUUAUUGACAAUGACAUUGAAGAGAUAUCCUCUUUUAGGAAGAGGUAUGUAGAGAAAAUUUCUGCUUCAUCUUCAUCAAAUGAGCAUGUUGGUUCAAACGUUAUCUCAAGUGUUGAAGAUGAGUUUCUUAAUAACCCUGAUUUCAUGCUUAUUGGUUUCCUUGGAACCAUAUCAACGACAAAGAAGGUUUUGGUUAUUGGCACAAUCACAACUAUAUGCACUGAUAAACUUUGGUAUUACAAUGGUUGUAACCACUGUAAGUCAGGUGUGGAGGAAAGAUUUGUAAAGAAAGAAAAUGCGGAUGGUUCAUUUGAUGUUGAUCAUGCAAAAUCGUUGGUGUGUACAAAUGAUAAAUGUGAAGGAGUCGACAUCUAUUCUAUUCUGCGGUUCAAGAUACCUAUUAGGGUUCAAGACUCAUCCGGUACUGUGUCAUUGACACUGUUUGAUUUUGAAGCUUACAAGAUUCUUAAGAAAACUGCCAAAGAGUUACUUUCAAUCCAAGAUCAGGUUGUUAAUUCUGGAGAGAUACCGAACCCAUAUCCUAAGAUCUUUGACACAUUGAUUGGAAAGAGGUAUGCGUUCAUCAUAAGUGUUAAAGACUAUAACAUUGAGCAUCAGGUUGAAAACUAUGGUAUUUCAAUGGCCACUAAUGAUGAUGAGAACCUUGCCGUGCUCAGCGCCAAAUUCAAUCUUAACCAGCAUGAACAGUCCGAAUCGUUGGAGGUUCCAGAUUCCUGCAGUGUGUCUACUCCUGUUGACCUUAUGAAGGAUGAGAUGUCAUGCUGUGGUGACAAUGUUACACCUGCAUCCCAAGCACUUGUAGGCACUAAGAAUCCCUCUUCUGAUGAAACAAAACGUAAUAUUCGUGAAGUGUUCGAUGUUGAUGAUGCAUUAGGUUGCUCCUCGAUAAAGCGCCGCAUCAGUGAUGAACUGUCUCAGGAUGAAGAUGCUGGUGUUUCGACGCUUUUGAUUCCAAAGAUUGAGAAAUAG